AUGGCAGGCGACAAGAUUCCGACAGUCCAAUCUCUGGAGAAGCCAGAAAAGCUUGAGGACAUUUUGCGCCAGGAUCGAGGCGAAGACUGUUUACCUUGCAAAGUCGUCGGUAGCGGGGCAUUCUUUGGCCUAGGAGCCUACAGUUACUUCUCUGGCAUGUCCCAGCUUGAGAAACAAAAGGCUUUAAUCCUCAAGAGCAAAUCUCCCUUUGGAAUGCGAAGUCGCAAGUUCGGCAUUACCUCUAUAUCGCUGGCUCUUGCGUGGAUGGGACUCUGGAGGGCAUUCAAAUAG